AUGCUCGGGGCAGAUCUUUUCUUCUUCGAGAUUCUUCUUCGGGCCGACCUCGAGUCGAUGCAGGCCAAGGAGAUCAACAACGGCCGCCUUGCGAUGAUCGGCAUCGCCGGCAUGGUCGCUCAGGAGCUCAUCUCGGGCGACAAGAUCUUCUAA